AUGGCAGGUCAAUGGUUACCUUCAAAGGAUAAGGCAGCCAAUAUCGAUAUAACUGACAAAGAAGUUGACGCUGAGUCGCUUUCUUCAUAUAACAGCCAUGUAUUCCAAGACCCGGUUGUUUGUGAAUAUUAUAAAGAUUUAUACGAAAAGACGAAUUAUGAAUGUCGUCAUCAUUUUGAUCCUGAAAUAACUUGGACUUUAGAAGAAGAGAAGAAAAUCUUAUGGAUCAAUGACUGGAGGGUUACUUUUUGGGCAUUUAUCAUGUUUACUGGUUUAAACUUGGAUAGAUAUAAUAUUAAGCAAGCUGUUUCCGAUUCUAUGUUGGAUGAUUUGAAUUUAACGACUGAUGAUUAUAAUUUAGGUAACACUAUUAAUUUAGUUUGUUUUUUAGCUGCUGAAUUACCUUCACAAUUGAUUUCUAAAAAAUUGGGUGCUGAUAUUUGGAUUCCAACCCAAGUCUGUAUUUGGUCAAUUGUUUCUUUAACUCAAUUUUGGAUAAAGUCUAAGGCUGGCUUCUUAGUUACCAGAGCUUUGGUUGGUGCUUUUGAAGGGGGUUUUAUUUGUGAUAUGGUUUUAUUCAUGUCUUAUUUCUAUACUGGUGCAGAAUUACCUUGGAGACUUUCAUUAUUCUAUAUUUCGAAUCCUUUAACUUCAGUUAUUUCUGCUUUAUUGGCUGCUGCUCUACUUUUAAUUAAAACUAAAGCUGUUCCUGAAGGGUGGAGAUUUAUGUUUUUAAUCGAAGGUCUUAUAACUUUGUGUGUUGGUAUUUUAUCUUAUUUCAUGAUGCCUGCUUCUGCUGUGGAAACUAAAAAAUGGUAUAGAAAAAAUGGUUGGUAUACUGAUCGUCAAGAAAAGAUCUUGGUUAAUAAAGUUUUGAGAGAUGAUCCUAAUAAAGGUGAUAUGAAUAAUAGACAGCCAGUUACUUUGAAAGAAUUGGGUAAAGCAUUAUUUGAUAUUGAUUUAUUCCCAAUUUAUGUCGUUAGAUUUUUAGGAGAUAUUGGUUCUUCUCCAGUUUCCACUUAUUUGACAUUAACUUUGAAAAAUUUAGGGUUUUCAACGGUGGUUACAAAUUUAUUAUCAAUUCCUUUUAAUUUUAUUUCAAUUAUUACUAUGAUGUUUACCGGCUGGCUAUCCGAGAGAAUAAAUGAUCGUGCUUUAGUGAUUGCAACCACUCCUCUUUGGGUAGCUAUUUGUACUUUGGUAUUAAGAUUUUGGCCCGAUGCCCAGGUUAAUGUUUGGGGUACCUAUGCUUUGUUAACUGUUUUGUUAGGUCAUGCUGCUAUUUGGCCUCUUACAAUUACUUGGUGUUCUUCAAAUAGUAAUUCUGUUCGUAGUAGAGCCGUUUCUUCUGCUGUUGUCAACAUUUUCUCUCAGGCUGCUGGUAUUGUUAGUGCAAACAUUUAUAGAGAUGACGAUAAACCUUUAUACAAACGUGGUAAUACUGAUUUAAUCAUUGUUGCAUUUGCUGCUAUUGCAGCUUGUGUUUUAGCAAGAUUUUAUUUCAUUUUCAGAAAUAAAUAUAAUGAAAAAAGGUGGAACGCCUUAACGGUGGAAGAACAAGAGAAAUACCUUGAAACAACUACGGAUGAAGGUAAUAAGAAGAUUAACUUUAAGUUUGUAUAUUGA